CAUGUGCAUUUGAGAGCAAAAAUGCAGAGACGAAAGCUUCUGCAAAUCUCCGUCUUCGUAAUCAGAAAAUCUCAUUAUUCAACUCCCGUUAAAUCUCUAACCACCAAUCACGACGUUCCAGUUGUCGUUGUUGAUGAUGACGAUCCUCUCUACGCCGACGUACCCAAGCCACGGAAGGAUAAAUCAGAGAGGAAGCCGUACCCGACUCCGAUGAAAGAGUUGAUUCGUCGCGCGAAAGAAGAGAAGCAACUGAGAAAACUACAACCAUGUCGAGUUCUGGAAGAUCCGCCGGAUAAUGGUUUACUUGUUCCGGAACUUGUCCACGUUGCUCACUCUGUUCACCGACGCCGCAACUCUUUGCUCUCUGGCCUCUCUAAAAUCAUUCCUCAUGUUCCUGUUCAUCGCUGCAGAUGUUGCUCUGAGGUUCACAUUGGCAAGGAAGGUCAUGAGAUCAGGACUUGUACAGGCCCAGGUAGUGGUUCAAGAAGUGCGACUCAUGUCUGGAAAAGAGGAAGAGUGAGCGAUGUUGUCUUGUUCCCUAAAAGUUUUCACCUUUAUGACCGUGCUGUCAAACCGAGAGUUAUACACGACGAGAGAUUUACAGUUCCUAAGAUCUCUGCGGUUCUCGAGCUAUGUAUACAGGCUGGUGUAGACCUUGAGAAGUUCCCAUCAAAGCGAAGAUCGAAACCUGUGUACAGCAUUGAAGGACGGAUUGUAGAUUUUGAGGAAGUCAGUGAUGGAAGUUCAGAGACUGCAGUUGCUGUAGUUUUACAAGAAGAUGAUCGUUGCAAGGUUGAGGAGAAGAAGAGUUUGAAGGAAUUAAGCAUUGAGACGAUGGAGUCAUGGUUUGAAAUGGUUUUGGGGGUUAGGAAACUGAUGGAGAGAUACAAAGUGUGGACUUGUGGGUAUUGUCCAGAGAUUCAGGUUGGUCCAAAGGGACACAAAGUGAGGAUGUGUAAAGCGACAAAGCAUCAGAUGAGAGACGGAAUGCAUGCGUGGCAAGAAGCUACUAUUGAUGAUGUGGUUGGUCCUAACUAUGUGUGGCAUGUUAGGGAUCCUACUGAUGGUUCUGUUCUUGAUAAUAGCUUGACGAGGUUUUACGGAAAGGCUCCUGCGGUUGUGCAGAUGUGUGUACAAGGUGGUGCACUGGUACCUGAUCAGUAUAAAAGUAUGAUGAGGCUUGAUGUGGUUUACCCUCAACGCGAUGAGGUUGAUCUAGUCGCUUGACCUCUUCUUAAGGAUUGGGAUUUGUUUAAUGACUUGAGACAUUGGAACACUGUGUUGGAGUCAGAAGAAGGUUCAGGUUCAUGUCAGUUCUCAAAC